GUGGAGUACAGAGAAAUGGAGGAAAAAUACAAUCAGUUAGAAGAUGAGAAUGCCUCGGAUACAUCCGAGAAAUCUAAAACUGGUCUUGUAACACCAGAAAAGAAAGUUUCCACAGAAGUGAAAAAAGAAUCUGAAUCUACUGUGCCUGUACCUACAGCUUCUGCUUCAAAAAGUGAAGUCAAAGAAGAAGAUGAUCAAGACAGUGAUCACGAAGAUCCACAUGUGAAGGAAUUAUUAAAUGGAUUAGAAGGUGCAGCCUUUCAAAGCCGCCUUCCAUUUGACAAAUUGACAUCUACCGAAGCUGCAUGUUUCCCUGAUGUUUCUGGUGGACCACCACAAACGCAGAAAGUAUUCUUACACAUUAGGAACAGACUUUUGCAAAUAUGGCUGGAAAAUCCCAAACAACAAUUAAUUAUCGAAAAUGCAUUACCGCAAGUUGAGCCACCUUAUAAUAGCGAUACUGUACUCACUCGUAGGAUUCAUGCCUUCUUAGAACGGCAUGGUUUUAUAAACUUUGGAGUUUUUAAACGUCUUAAGCCCUUACCAACCAAAAAAUUGGGCAAGGUCAUUGUAAUUGGUGCUGGUAUUGCUGGAUUGGCAGCAGCUCAACAGAUGCAACAGUUUGGCUUAGAAGUAAUUGUCUUGGAAGCUAGAGAUCGUGUUGGUGGGCGAAUUGCUACAUUUCGUAAAUCAAAUUAUAUUGCGGAUUUGGGAGCCAUGGUGGUCACAGGUUUAGGUGGAAAUCCUGUAACGACCCUUAGUAAACAAAUUAAUAUGGAACUUCAUAAAAUUCGACAAAAGUGUCCGUUGUAUGAAAGCGAUGGUCAAACG